AUGGAUAGGAAAAUGAAUAAUAUAAUUCUGCCAACUAGAUUAUUACUUUUACUUUUGUUGUUAUCGAUUAUAAAUUGUUUAUGGUUGGUGGGUUUAGGAGAAGCAAGAGAAUUGGGACCAUCCAAAGAAUAUGAAAAGCAAGUGUAUAGAGACUUGGAUCAACAUAACAACAACAAUAAAGAAAUUUCAAUACAUAAUAGUAAUAAUCCCUUUAACGAUGACGAUAGUGGAAACAAUCAUAUUUAUACAGAUAUAUGUUCAACUGCUCUGACAUUGGAUGAUGUUACUUUUGAUCUUACACCUUUAAGAUAUUCAUUACUUUCUUUUCAACAUAACAAUUCAACUUUUUAUAUCAAUUUAUGUCUAAAUUAUACAUCACCAUGUCCUAAUGACAAUGUAGUGUGUCAAGUCAAUUCAGAUGGCUCUACCUAUUCUCUUGCCUAUGGUUCUACACUAACCUAUUCAAACAAUGGAUUAUCAGGCUUCACAUUGUGGUACUUUGGACAACCUUGUGUCAAGACUCAGGAUUUCAACACAAGCGUCGUAUUACUUUGCGAUGAAUCUACAGAUUAUCAAGUAAUCAAUGUCGAAUCAGAGGAUUGUAAUACAUCAAUCUAUCUCAAAUCAAAAUAUGCUUGUGGUGUCUAUUCUGAUAAUGGUUCACAUUCAACUUUUAAUUUAAUAAUAUUCUUUUCAACAUUAUUUGGAACCAUUUUAAUGUUUAUUUGUGUUGCUGGAUGUAUUUAUAGUGCCAGUCGAUUUUUUGGAAGAUGUCUUAGACGAAAUGUUCACAAUACAUACCAACCUUUACUUGGUGGUGGAGUAUCUAUUAAUUAUUCAAGUGGUGAUGGAUCAAGUUCUCCAACUAUUUACAAACAUGAAAUAAUAGAUAAUAACAACACCAAUGAUGGUACAACCAGUUCAACAAGUACAACCAAUAAUAAUAAUAAUAAUAUUUGUAAAAUAUGUUUUGAAAACAAAAUUGAUACAGUAUUGUUGGACUGUGGACAUAUGGCAAAUUGUUUAAUUUGUGCCCAAAAGGUGGAUCGUUGUCCAAUUUGUCGUGGUCCAAUUAAAAAAGUAGUUAAAAUUUAUCAAGUCUAG